CGGAGCGGCUCCGGGGCGAAUCCCGAGUGAGCCCGGAGGAGCGAGCGGGUUCACUAAACAGACGCGAUAAUACAAAAAGAAGUCAGAGGUUACGGUGUUAUCGACGGAGACAUGAAUAUUCGAAAACGCGAGGGUCACGAGUGAACGCUCGGCGUAGCAUCGCCCCGCGGCGUGAAUGGAGCGACCGACAUUUUAUGAAUAGAGGGACGUCGCUCAUUGACCUGAGCGGCGUCAGCGGCGUCGCCGGCGCCCAGCCCGCCCGCGCCGCGCCGCGCCACGCCACGCCGGCCGCCGCGCCGCGCCGCCCGACGGACAUUCCCACCGAACAUGGCGGCCGCAGGAAGUGCGCAGCUUACCUACCGGGACGUCCUCGCACCGAGCCGACCGACGUGCGAGGACCCGCAUGCGCCGACAUACAUACGACGAAAAAGCAGAGGCCGCGGGGCGAUCGGACGCGGAAUCGCACACGCGAACUGCUUCCCCGCCGCGGGGAGACUGAUGAGGGCAGGCCGCGCCGGCGCCGGCGGAGGCUCCGGCGCACGCGCACACCGCCCGCCGUCCCGCUCCGGCGCCGCCCCGGCCCGCGGGAGGGAGCGGGACGGAGACAGCUCGCGAUCACAGCGCCGACUCGUGAACACCAAUAGACCGAAGAGUAGGGACAAAUAUUCGACCUUCACUACGCGCACGCACACAGCCGCCCGCCCGGCUCCGUGUGACGCACACAGGCGCACGCGCCUCGCGAAUCGUUCGCUCGCCGCAGCGCCGCUGUGCUACUUUUGACAAUUUUUCCAGAAAACUGACAUGCAGCGUCGCCGUGGACGAGACGCGCCUCGCCACGUGGCUGGGGGUUAGGUACUCCAUGUACCUGACACACCUCACACACCUCACACACCAACCAACGACUCUAUUAUACAUAGAACAUUUUUCAAAAUAAUCAAAGAAUUAUAAAAAUCGAAAGCGUCGUGUGUCCAGGGAUCGGUCCACCGAUUUAUUGAAUGAAUUAAGGUAUAUCAUUAAAUCUUAGGGAAACACCUAUAUGGUCGCAUUCCAAUAAUAACAUAUUUAUUACUAAAGUCAUAUAAACACAAGUUAAUUGAUUAAAAUAAAAGAAAUCAACAAGAUAUCGACAUAUCAGUAUAUAUAUAGCUUUUCCAGAAAUAAAAAAUAUUUGUAUUUUUUUUCAUUUUCAUUCGGUUAUUGUCAUGAUACUGAGGUAAUCACAAAUUUGUAGAACUACCCACAUUGAUGAUGAAAAUACUGAAGCAUUUAUUAGGGCGCGUAUUUCAAAACUGUUUCUACCUACCUUUUUAAGCGAUUAAAUUAUUUAAUUUUGAUUAUUUCUAUUCUAUUCGAUAUUAUUUAGUGACUAAAUAUUAAACUAUCACUUUUCGUUGAAAUCAAUUUGAUCCAUAAAUCCACAGGCUAAGGCAGUUUUUCCAAUAAUAUAUCCGAAUAAGUACAAAGAU